CCCACACGCUGAAACGGUCAUAAACGCUCUUUAAGAUUUUCCGUUCAAAAAAAAGUUCUAGGAAACUGAAAAGUAUUUCAAUAUUUUGAAUAUCACGUCGAGUGGCGGGCGCGUGUGUGUUAUUUUGAGUUAUCGCGAUUUCGGCUAAGUGCAAUUAGUGCCACAAAUUUAGUGCAAUGAAUUGGGAAAUUGUUCAUCAUUAGCUGCAGUCAUUAGCGUAUAAAAAAAACAAUUAAAUUUCAAAUUAAAAGAUUUCAAGUGAAUCAGUGAGAGUUUGAAAGUGCAACACUGAAUUCCAGUUGUGUCCAAGAUUUCCGAACGAAAACUGGACAAUCUGCGGCGGCUCACAGAUUUGGAUUCGUUAAAAAAGUGAAAAAUCAGCGGCUGCGACUCUGGGCUGGACUCCGGGGGGCUGGCUGGACGAAAAGGACGAAAUCCGACUGCAAAUGCAAUAAGCUGCAGGAGCUGCGUACACAAACAAAGCCCUCGACAAAAGCCCCGUCUAAGCCACAAAAACAAUCAACGGGCAACAAUCAGUACAACAAAAAAGGACAAUAACAACAAGAGCAAAAAGCAAAAGCAGCGGUAAGGACAAUAAGGACGUUCGCCGGGAUUUGCCUUCGCCAGGAUUGCGUUCUUGUACUUUGGACACACGUGCGCCGGUGGUGCGCCGGUGCCCAUUCCAUUGCCCUCAUCGACAACCUUGGAAGGUCCUGCGGCCAUCAUGAAGCUGUCAAAGCUGUCCAACCAGACCAACUCGCAGGAUCCGCAGGCGGUCAACUCGCGCAUCUUUGUCGGCAAUCUGAAUACCUUUCAAUGCUCCAAAACGGACGUGGAGCGCAUGUUUCAGAUCUAUGGCCGCCUGGCGGGCAUAUCCAUGCAUAAGGGCUAUGCCUUUGUGCAGUUCACCAACCCGUUCGAUGCCCGCAAUGCCUGCCACGGCGAGGAUGGGAAGACGGUCCUUAGUCAGACCUUAGAUGUCAACAUGGUGGCUGAGCCGAAGGCCCAUCAAAUUGGAAGGAAACGCCAGAAUGUGAGCAAGACCGGAAACGAUUGGGACUAUUUCUACGACAGCUACUGCUCUUCGGCCUUGCUGCGGGGCGGAGGUGGUGGUGGUGGGGCAAACGCAGUUCGAGCCAAAAAGCGAAAGCGUCUAAUGACCAACGGCGGCGGUCUGGCAGUGGCUGUGCAGCAGCAACAACAGCACGGCCAACACCAUCACAGUGCGGCUGCGGUGGCUGCAGCAGCGGCAGCUGCCGUCCACCAGCAGCAGCAGCAGGCGGCCCAGGUGCAGCAGCAACACCAACAGCAACAACAGCAGCAGGUGGCUGCCGUCGCCAUGGCGGCGAUGGCCAAUUUGUUGCCACAACAGCAGCUGCUGCUGCAUCAGCAGAAUCUGCUAUCAGCCACCACGACGGCGGGGUCGGGAUCCCUCCACUGGCCGCAAUACAAACAGGAGCCGCUGGCUGCUGCCCACCACCCACAUCCGCAGCAUCCCCACUCGCAUCCGCAGCAACAGCAGCAGCAACAGUUCGGAUUCCAACUGAAGAGUAACGUGGUGGCUGUCCAGUCAACGACAUCGCCGCAGAAUGCAAAGUCAGCUAUAAUUGCUAAUCAAACGACGCUCGGUGAGCCGUACUACGCUGCUGCUGCUGCUCAUCAGCAACAUCAGCAGCAGCAGCAGCAGCAACAGCAGCAGCAACAACAGCAACAUCAGCAGCAACCGUUGCUACAACCGUUGACUCUGGCAUUGUCGCCACAACAACCGCAGCCUCAUCAGGCGGCGACGCCACUACAAUUGCACAGCCAAUUGAUGCAGCAACAUCAACAGCAUCAGCAGCAGAAUCAGCAGCAACAUCAGCAGCAGCAACAUCAACAGCAGCAGCAGCAGCAACAGGAGCAAUUAACUUCGCAUCAGCACUGGGGACCUUUCAAAGUCUACAGCAAUCCGGACACAUUAAUCUGCGGCAAUUGCCGGGAAUGCUUUGGCGAGCUGUCUGAGUUAUUGGACCACAAGAAAAGUUAUUGCAAACUGAGGUUCACAUGCAAGUGCCAGGAUGUUGCCUUUGCUACAAGUGCAAAAACGCCCCCUUCAAGCGCCAAAUUGCUGUGCGCCGUUUGCAAGGAUGCGUUCGGCAAUCCCUGGGAUUUGAUGGUCCACGCACAAGCCGCGCACAUGGUUAACAUUUACGAGCUGGGCGAUGAGGCGUCCACUAGUAGCAGCAACAACAACAACAACAGCAACACUUGCACCAGUAGCAACAACAACAACAGCAGCAACAAUGGCAUGGCAACUGGCAUCGUGGAGAAUGGACAUGCAACGAUUGUUGCUGAUGAGGCUGCCACAAAUACAAAGCAGAUGCCAGCCUCGUCAACACUUAACAAGGAGCCCAAUAACAAUAACAAUAACAAGAUUAGCAACAACAAUAAUAACACCAACAGCAACAACAACAAUGUGGAAGUCAGCAACAACAAUGGGCACAUGUCGCCAGAGGGAAUUGUGGCAGCAGGAUCGGUGGAAAACGGCGACAUGGAAAGUCUGGACAUAAAGUUCAGUCCUAGUGCCAGUCCCAAGGAUGUGGGUUAUUAUUCUAAAUACUAAGAAGGAAGUAUUAUAUAUUUUGCUUUGCAGGAUCAGCACCGGGAUGAUCUGUCCUUGGAUGGGAGGAUGUCGAGUAGUUCUCAGCAGACGCACCACUCGGAUGAGAUGAAUGUGAAGCUGCUGAAUGGAUCUGUGUCCUCGAGGGGCAGCUCGCCAGGACUGGAGGCGGAUGAGCCGCCAGCCACCAGGGCCUGUAUUAUGCGCACUCUAAGCAUUGAGACUUCAGGACCAACUACUUCAGCCACUGCCAGCUCCUUGAGCCUGAUGACCAAUAGCUUGGGCCUGGCCCUGGCCCCCCAAUAGGUCAAAGCCCCGGAGGGUCCAGUGAGGGUGGCUUGUGGGAUCGGUAUCCGAAACAAGUGCAAUUUCUUCAGUAUUUUUAUAACAGACUAACCUUGGAGGGGAACUAACAGGGAGAUGGGAAAUUGAAUAACGUAAAUUACCACAAACAUAUCAUUUUAAACUAGCUCUAGAUAUGACAUACGAGCUACGAUAUAAAAAUAUAUAUUAAAGCCAUAUUAAAGUCAUGUAAUGUAUUAAUGCAAGUGUGUAAUUUAGUAAUUGCCUUUGGUGUUUCUGUUUUCUGGUUUUUGUGUUGUUGGGUUGAGCGUUUGAAACGAGAAUGUUUAAAAUGAAUAUUUUUGAAUUUGAAAACUGCAUAAGUGAACGUAUAGGUAAAAUUAUGAGAAGCUUAAACUGUCAUCGUCUGUGGAGUAUGGUCUAUGGAACACGGUAAUCGAGCUUUGUAUAUAGUUAAUACCAAAUGGAUACAAAUUACGGAAUUAUAAGAUCAUUGUUAAUGCCCAGGCACUUGUGGUCUGGCAAACGAAUUUUAUAUUUUCUAUAUAAUUUAUGGAAUGAGAAGAAAAUUAUUAAAUCGUAGAUACAGAACAGAAAUAACACCACGAAAAGUGUAUAUCAAAAGUAGUAUAGUGACAACAGGUGUUUCAAAAACAAAUUCGGAUAUACUAGAAUCAUAAUCAAAUAUGCGUAAUAAUUAAUAGCAACUGUACUCUGUAAUAAACUAUAUCAAAAGUAGCAUCGUAUGUAAAUAGGAUAAUCAAUAAACGUAUUAUUAUGUACUUACCAACCAAAUAACUUGUAAACAGUAACAACAUUCAAUUCAAUGUCCUCCAGCUAAAGCGUAUAAAACAAAUAAAUGUAUUAUGCAAAACCAGAAUACCAAAAAUAUACUAUAUAUUAUAU